AUGAUUUUAUUAUAUCAAAUGGUACAUUUCAUUUUGCUCGCCUCGGUUUCUGGUGAAUGUGUGACGAAGCUGUUCAAAGAUAUCUACUUUCAAGGAGGAGACAUUACUACUGUUUUUACUCCAAGUGCCAAGCACUGCCAGGUUGUCUGUACCCACCACCCAAGGUGUUUGCUCUUCACUUUUAUGGCUGAAUCAUCAUCUGAAGAUCCUACCAAAUGGUUUACUUGUAUCCUGAAAGACAGUGUUACAGAAACACUGCCAAUGGUGAAUAUGACAGGAGCAAUUUCUGGAUAUUCUUUCAAGCAAUGUCCACACCAAAUAAGUGCUUGCAACAAAUAUGUUUAUGUGGAUCUAGACAUGAGGGGCUUGAACUAUAAUAGCUCUAUUACCAAGAACGCUCAGGAAUGCCAGGAGAGAUGCACGAAUGACAUGCACUGUCACUUUUUCACAUACGCAACAAGGUGGUUUCCAAGCGCGGAGCAUCGUAAUGUUUGUCUACUGAAGUACACCCAAACGGGGACACCAACCAGAAUAACGAAGCUCGGUGAAGUGGAGUCUGGAUUUUCACUGAAAUCCUGUGCACUUUCUAAUCUGGCUUGUAUCAGAGAUGUUUUCCCCAGCACGGUGUUUGCAGACAGUAACAUCGACAGUGUGGUGGCUCCAGACCCUUUUGUCUGUCGCCGUAUCUGUACCCACCAUCCCAAUUGUUUGUUUUUUACCUUCUUCUCUCAAGACUGGCCUAAAGAGUCUGAAAGAAAUCUUUGUCUUCUUAAAACAUCUGCGAGUGGAUUACCAAGUACACGCAUUAAAAAGAGCAAAGCUUUCUCCGGGUUCAGUCUACAAAACUGCAGGCACAGCGUCCCAGUGUUCUGUCAUCCUUCAUUUUACCGUGACACUGAUUUCUUGGGAGAAGAACUGGACAUUGUUGAUACGAAAGGGCAUGAAGCCUGCCAGAAAAUGUGUACCAACACCGUCCGCUGCCAAUUUUUUACUUAUUCUCCACCUCAAGAAUCUUGCAACGCAGGGAAGGGUAAAUGUUACUUAAAACUUUCUUCAAAUGGAUCUCCAACUAAAAUACUUCAUGGGAGAGGAGGCAUCUCUGGAUAUACAUUAAGAUUAUGUAAAAUGGAUAAUGCGUGUACAACCAAAAUCAAGCCCAGAGUUGUUGGAGGAAGGGCUUCUGUUUCUGGUGAGUGGCCGUGGCAGAUAACUUUGCACGUCACCUCACCUACCCAGAGACACCUCUGUGGAGGCUCCAUCAUUGGAAACCAGUGGAUAUUAACAGCUGCUCAUUGUUUUGACGAGGUAGUGUCACCUAAAAUUUUGCGUGUCUAUGGUGGCAUUUUAAAUCAGUCAGAAAUAAAAGAGGAUACAUCUUUCUUUGGAGUUCAAGAGAUAAUAAUUCACGAUCAAUAUGAAAAGGCAGAAAGUGGGUAUGAUAUUGCCUUGUUGAAACUGGAAACAACAAUGAAUUACACAGAUUCUCAACGACCCAUAUGCCUACCUUCCAAAGGAGAUAAAAAUGUAAUAUAUAGCGAUUGCUGGGUGACUGGAUGGGGGUACAGGAAAUUAAGAGAUAAAAUACAAAAUACUCUCCAGAAAGCCGAGAUACCCUUGGUGACAAAUGAAGAAUGCCAGACAAGAUACACAAAGUAUAAAAUUACCAAUAAGAUGAUCUGUGCAGGCUAUAAAGAGGGAGGGAAGGAUGCUUGUAAGGGAGAUUCUGGGGGCCCCCUGUCCUGUAAACACGAUGAGGUCUGGCACUUGGUGGGCAUUACCAGUUGGGGUGAAGGCUGCGCUCAAAGAGAACGGCCAGGUGUUUACACCAAUGUGGUCAGGUAUGUGGACUGGAUUUUGGAGAAAACACAAGCACCGUGA